CAGGUACAUGGACGGCUUGCCGCCCAUGCAGCAGCAGCCGCAGCAGCGACAUCAGCAGCCCCAGCAGGCCGUGGGGCCUCCCCUGCCCGGCGGCGGCGCCGUGCCGCCCGGCAGGCCGUGCGCCGGCGGGCCGCUGCCAGAGCGCUCCGGCCCCCCCGGCUUCGGGGUGCAGGGAGGGGGGGCGCCUCCGCAGCAGCCGCAGCAGCGGCUGCCCCCCGGCGGCAGCCUGCUGCAGCAGCGCUCGCAGGGCGCGCCGCCGCCAUCCGCGAACAUGGGCGGUCACCCGCCGCCUGGCGCAGCAGUGUCGCAGCACCAGCCGCAGCUGGACAGGCAGGCGCAGAUUCAGGGCCAGACCAACACGUCGGCCGGGCUCGGCGCCGAGAUCUUGGGCCCGGGCGAAGG